AAAUUAAUUAUGGUUGUCAUCAACACAGGUAUUAGACUUUCGUUCAGAAAGUUCAAUUUUUCUUUUAAAGGCUAGCACGGAAUUAUGUAAAAAUAACAUACCCACACAAUUACUUUGAUAAUCAAUAAAAGUAAAUGUAAUUUCUUUUAUAUAACUUUCGCGUUAGUUAGUAUUAAUUUUUUCAUUUUAAUGCAUCACUAGUCAUUCCUCAUUAUUCAACCUGGAGCUGCAGUUCAACUAGGAAUCUUUUUGGCAGAUCGAGAAAGAAAAUUCAAAAUGAAUAACGAUAACAAUCAAAAAUCGAUGUGGAAACAACAGAAAAGUGCCAGGCUUUUAAUGCGAAGUGUCUCGUUAUUCGUUGCUAGUGGUAGGCGAGCAUCGAUUACACCAGCUAAAGCUUUGAAAGCCAUAAGCAAUGAACGAGAUAAGAAUUGCGUUAUGCAAGCAAAUCAACAGCAAUCGAAGACAAUUCGAAGUAAAUCGUCUAGUGAUUUGACGGAUUCUUUGAGGAAGCAAACCCAUUUCAGCAAGGAAGAAAUUGAUAAACUUUGCGUUUUAUUCAAGAAGAUAAUCUCUUCGAAUGAACUUUUAUACGGAUCGCAAGCUUUUUCUUAUUCGUCUCAUGCUGAGACGACAAAAAACAAAGGAAUGGAUCGCAUAAUGUUUCGAGAAUUAUUACACAACACAUUUCAUAUAUUAACCGAGGACGUACUGAUGGAUCGAAUAUUUAGCGCUUUCGAUAGACGCAGCGAUGGUAUAAUCCAUAUGGACGAAUGGGUUUUAGGAUUAUCUAUUUUUCUACGCGGUACUCUCGAAGAGCAAAUAGCUUUCUCGUUUUUCAUAUACGAUUUGAACUCAGACGGCGUUAUCACAAAAGAAGAGAUCUUUACUUUAUUAAGGAACAGCUUGCUGAAACUACCACAAGAUGAAGAUCCUGACGAAAGCAUCAAAGAUCUGGCAGAUAUAGCGUUAAAAAAACUAGACUGUGACAAAGAUAAUAAAGUAUCGUUUCAAGAUUUUCGUCGAGCAGUUGUUCGAGAUAAUUUGUUGCUGGAAGCUUUGGGUCAAUGUUUACCUAGCGAAGAAGUCUGUAAACGGUUCCUAUCGUCUCUGAGUGUUAAACAAUGAUACCUCUUCGUUUGCAUAUUUCAGUAGGAUGCGACUAUGGACAAAUCUGGAAUAAAUUCGCGUAGAUAGUUUGAUGGUAAAUGCGAUCGAGUCUUUCGGAGAUUGCAUAGGAUGAUCGUGGAUGCUGAUGCUGUAAGAUUUUCGAAGAUGAAUCACAGAUUAUUUUUUAUACAACUUUGUCAUAUUAUUUUUAAAGAAAAUUUUCAGGUUUUAUGAAAGCUUACGUAGAUAAGUACAGAAGGAUGUCACGAUGAAUAAAAGACUAUAAAAGUAGAAAAUAUUUUCAUUGGAAAA